GGGGCGCUGUUCGCGUCCAGCAGCAGGAGUCACAUGAUUCCCUCAGAUCCUGUCUGCUCUGCUCCGACUGCAAGCUGCACAGCGUGAGGACCAUGAAGCUGAUCAUCCUGAACGACUACGACCAGGCGAGCGAGUGGGCUGCCAAGUACAUCAGAAACAAGAUUCUACUGUUCAAACCCAACCCCGACAAGUACUUCACUCUGGGGCUCCCAACAGGAAGCACGCCUUUAGGUUGUUACAAGAAACUGAUUGAAUACCACAAGAAUGGAGAAAUCUCCUUCCAGUAUGUGAAGACUUUCAACAUGGAUGAAUAUGUAGGGCUCCCCAGAGAUCACCCCGAGAGCUACCACUCCUUCAUGUGGAAUAACUUCUUCAAGCACAUCGACAUCAGAGCAGAGAACACCCACAUCCUGGACGGCAACGCCGCCGACCUGCAGGUGGAGUGCGCAGCCUUCGAGGAGAAGAUAUCGGCUGCCGGCGGCAUCGAGCUGUUUGUCGGAGGAAUCGGACCCGACGGCCACAUCGCCUUCAACGAGCCCGGUUCCAGUCUGGUUUCCAGGACCAGGGUCAAGACCCUGGCCCAGGACACCAUCAUCGCCAACGCCCGCUUCUUCGAUGGAGAUCUCUCAAAGGUCCCCACCAUGGCCCUGACUGUGGGAGUGGGCACUGUCAUGGACGCCAAAGAGGUCAUGAUUCUCAUCACCGGGGCACACAAGGCCUUCGCCUUGUACAAGGCCAUCGAGGACGGCGUGAACCACAUGUGGACGGUGUCGGCCUUCCAGCAGCACCCGCAGACCGUGUUCGUCUGCGACGAAGACGCCACGCUGGAACUGCGGGUUAAAACUGUCAAGUACUUCAAAGGGAUGAUGCAUGUCCACAACAAGCUGGUAGAAACACUUCCUCCUGAGCCGAAGCCCAACUGAAGAGGCUUCCUCUACUGUUCUGAUCUUUUGGCAUACAAAAAAAAAAAAAAAUCACACUCCAAUGAUUCCUUCGUGACCCGGUGGAGAACAGGCAGUGCUCGGAGUCGAGCACAGCUGAUCUUCAGAGGGAUAAUGAGGUGCUGGUGUCGAGCGGUUUGCCAGGUAUUCGGCUGAUUGCACAUCCAGCUCUCUUUUUCGUUUGUUCUUUGUAAUAAAGUGAUUGUAAUUUUCAUACCUUC